AUGGAUCCUCGUCUUCGACCUUAUAUUAUUCAAUCUGGAUUUUAUGGUGUAUAUCGUAUUGGACACAUUACACUAGAUUGGGGAUUGAUCACUAGUCUAGUUGAGAGAUGGCGUCCUGAGACACACACAUUUCACUUACCUGUUGGGGAGAUGACCAUUACUUUACAGGAUGUUGCUGUCAUAUUAGGUCUUCGUAUUCAUGGGCUUCCCAUCACUGGCACAUGUGAUAUAGAUUGGUCAUUGCUAUGUUAUGAACUUUUAGGGGUGACUCCCCCUACAUCUGAGAUUAAAGGAUCAGCGAUAUCGACACGAUGGCUAUGUCACCAGUUCUCUCAUCCACCAGUUGAUUUAGAUGAUGCCACAUUAGAGCAGUAUGCAUGUGCUUUCAUAUUAGAACUCAUAGGUUCAACUCUAUUUACAGACAAGAAGGUUGAGCAUUUAGAGCAGGGAUUACAGUAUGAGGCAUUGUUACAUGAGGGUUUACUAGCUGAUCCGUUAGGAUGUAGGUGGAGAGUACCUUUAUCAUGGGCUCAAAACCCAUCACGUGUGUUGACAUUUUAUCGAGACCAAUUAGAUGCACAGACCCAUGACCAGGUUUUAUGGGAGCCUUACAUGGAAGACUUAGUUGCCCAUCUUCCAGCGAUAUCUCUAGCAGACCAGGAGAUUUAG